CCACGAGGCAAAAACGUCCGUGACCAGCUUACGAGCGUUUGAGAUAGGACUGUCUGCAGUAGGUUCUGAGCAGGAAGACUCUGGUUUUGGACAAUCCAGCAGCCAUGAGAUCUCUCAGCAUUCUCUCUGUUCUGGCAUUGGCAGGUGUGUCUGCCUUUAGCAAGCGUGAAUCUUGUGUCGCAACGUCUGACUGUCAUGGGAUCACAUUUUGUGCGACAGACGGUCAUCUUAUCUGUUCCAACGACCAGUGCACCUGCACCCAUAGCUGCGACAAAGACCAGGACCUUGCCAUAUGUGCCGACAGGAACGAAUGUCUGUCCAGAUUCUUGAGUGGCUCCAUCUCCUGCACGUGUCCUCUUCCGUGGUUGUCAUUCCACUGUAUAGAUCAGUACUGCCACUGUGGCUACCCAUCGAGCAGCACAUAACGACAGACCUACCCGCUGUAAUUGUGUAUGCCCCGAUGUAUAAAAUAAACAGGAUGUCUUAGACUUAA